AUGGGCUGGUUUUUUAGGGAAAGAAGGGGAUGGAAGCAAGGGUGGACAGAGCAAACACUAGCCUCUGUGUCUGCACCUCCUAUGCCUCUACUUGCUAUAGCUGGUAUCAUUGUUCUUUUAAUGGUGCUCUCCUCUUACACAGGCUACAAGUCACAGAUGCACAAAAACCUCAUCAACUUUAAGAUGUUCCUCUUCGUAUUGCCUGUGCUGCUAAUCUUUGUCAUGCACUCGGUCACCAAAUAUGGAAGGAUUGUAAUUAUUGCCCCAAUUACAAAGACUCCUGUUGUUCAUCAAGCUCAGAGCUUGCCUUGGCCCCUGGCUUUGUUGCUGGUUUUGCUUUUGGUUAUGGUCUCUUACCAGCCUUAUUUUCAUUCCAAGUGGUGGCCACCAAUUUGGGGGUCAUACUACUAG